GAGGGAGGGAGGGGGAGGCGGGAGGGGAGGGAAGGAAAGGAAUGAUGGGGCCCUGCCCGUUGCUCUGAGGCGGGCCGCAGUCCGAAAAGAGAGGAGCCAGACUCUCCCCCGGAAUGCUGCUUCUCCUCCUCUUGCCGUGGAAGAGCCGGAGAGCGCGAUCUCUCAGGGAGGAACAUAAUUUAAAUGUGUAAUGUUGCUGCUAAGAAGAUUUUGUAAAGUUUAACAGACUCCUUACAUCAUUUUUUGUAAGGAAACAUGGACAACUUAAUAUUGGACACCUAAAUUUAAUACAAACAUGAUGAUCCUUGAACUAAAAUCGAUGUUACAAAUUUGGAGACAAAACUUUAGUGUGUAAAAGCACUUUUAAGAAUGAACACUACAUCCAGUUGCGUUGGUACAUACAGAAGGAUGAGAAGAACACUAUGAUGGCAAAGAACAAAGAGCCUCGUCCCCCAUCCUAUGCUAUUAGUGUGGUUGGACUUUCUGGAACUGAAAAAGACAAGGGGAACUGUGGAGUUGGGAAGUCGUGUUUGUGCAAUAGGUUUGUGCGCUCAAAAGCAGAUGAAUAUUACCCUGAACAUACCUCUGUGCUUAGCACAAUUGACUUUGGUGGACGAGUUGUUAAUAAUGAUCACUUUUUGUACUGGGGUGACGUAAUACAAUGUGGAGAGGAUGGAGUAGAUUGCAAAAUUCAUGUUAUUGAACAGACUGAGUUCAUUGAUGAUCAGACUUUUCUGCCUCAUCGGAGUACGAACUUACAACCUUACAUAAAACGUGCAGCUGCAACCAAAUUGCAGUCAGCAGAAAAACUUAUGUAUAUUUGCACAGAUCAGCUUGGAUUAGAGCAGGACUUUGAGCAAAAGCAAAUGCCUGAAGGAAAGCUAAAUAUUGAUGGAUUUUUAUUAUGCAUUGAUGUAAGUCAAGGAUGCAAUAGGAAGUUUGAUGACCAACUUAAAUUUGUAAAUAACCUCUAUAUUCAGCUAUCAAAAUCUAAAAAGCCUAUAAUAAUAGCAGCAACUAAAUGUGAUGAAUGUGUGGAACAUUAUUUACGAGAAGUUCAAGCAUUUGCUUCAAAUAAAAAGAACCUUCUGGUAGUUGAAACAUCAGCAAGAUUCAAUGUCAAUGUAGAAACAUGUUUUACUGCACUGGUACAAAUGAUGGAUAAAACCCGUGGUAAACCUAAAAUAAUUCCCUAUCUGGAUGCCUAUAAAACACAGAGACAGCUUGUUGUGACUUCAACAGAUAAAUUUGAGAAACUUGUACAGACUGUGAGAGACUAUCAUGCCACUUGGAAAACAGUUAGUAACAAACUGAAAAAUCAUCCAGAUUAUGAAGAAUACAUUAAUUUGGAGGGAACCAAAAAGGCCAAAAAUACAUUUUCAAAACAUAUAGAGCAACUUAAACAAGAACAUAUAAGAAAAAGAAGAGAUGAAUAUAUUAAUACAUUACCAAGAGCUUUUAACACACUUCUGUCCAACCUUGAAGAGAUUGAGCAUCUGAGUUGGUCUGAAGCUUUGAAACUUAUGGAGAAAAGGCAAGAUUUUCAACUAUGUUUUGUAGUGCUCGAAAAAACCCCGUGGGAUGAAACUGACCAUAUAGAUAAAGUGAAUGACAGAAGAAUUCCAUUUGACCUUUUGAACACAGUAGAAGCUGAAAAAGUGUAUCAAAAUCAUGUGCAGCAUCUAAUAUCAGAAAAAAGGAGAGUUGAAAUGAAGGAGAAGUUCAAAAAAACACUUGAAAAAAUACAAUUCAUUUCUCCUGGUCAACCCUGGGAAGAAGUUAUGUGUUUUGUAAUGGAGGAUGAAGCUUUUAAAUAUAUUACAGAGGCAGAUAGUAGAGAAGUCUAUAGUAGGCAUCAACGGGAAAUAGUUGAAAAAGCCAAAGAGGAGUUUCAGGAAAUGCUUUUUGAACAUUCAGAACUGUUUUAUGACCUGGAUUUGAAUGCAACACCAAGUACUGAUAAAAUGAGUGAAAUUCAUGCAGUUUUGAGUGAAGAGCCUAGAUACAAAGCUUUACAGAAACUUGCACCUGAUAGAGAGUCUCUUCUUCUUAAACACAUCGGAUUUGUAUAUCAUCCUACUAAAGAAACAUGUCUCAGUGGCCAAAACUGUAUGGACAUUAAAGUAGAACAGUUACUUGCUGGUAGUCUUUUGCAAUUGGACCAUGGCCGUGUACAUUUUUAUCAUGAUAGUGCCAACAUUGAUAAAGUAAAUAUUUUCAUUUUGGGUAAAGAUGGACUUGCACAAGAGCUGGCAAAUGAGAUUCGGACGCAGUCUACAGAUGAUGAAUAUGCCUUAGAUGGAAAAAUAUAUGAACUUGAUCUUAGACCGGUUGAUGCAAAGUCACCUUAUCUUUUAAGUCAGUUAUGGGCUUCUGCCUUCAAACCACAUGGGUGUUUCUGCGUGUUUAAUUCAAUUGAAUCACUUAAUUUUAUUGGAGAAUCGAUUGGAAAAAUCAGAGCUGAGGCAUCUCAGAUAAAAAGAGACAAGUAUAUGGCCAAUCUUCCAUUUACUUUAAUCCUGGCUAAUCAGAGAGAGAGUGUUAGCAAGAAUUUGCCAAUCCUGAGACAUCAAGGACAACAGUUGGCAAAUAAGUUGCAGUGUCCUUUUAUAGAUGUCCCUGCUGGUACUUACCCACGUAAAUUUAAUGAGACUCAAGUAAAACAAGCUUUGCGGGGAGUUCUGGAAGCUGUUAAACAUAACUUUGAUGUUGUAAGUCCUGUUCCUACAAUUAAAGACCUCUCAGAAGCUGAUUUAAGGAUUGUUAUGUGCGGCAUGUGUGGCGAUCCCUUCAGUGUAGAUCUUAUUCUUUCACCCUUCCUUGAUUCCCAUUCCUGUAGUGCUGCCCAAGCUGGCCAGAAUAAUUCGUUAAUGCUUGAUAAAAUUAUAGGUGAGAAACGGAGACGAAUUCAAAUAACAAUAUUAUCAUAUCAUUCUUCAAUUGGUGUAAGAAAAGAUGAACUCGUUCAUGGAUAUAUAUUAGUUUACUCUGCCAAAAGAAAAGCAUCUAUGGGAAUGCUUCGAGCAUUUCUGUCAGAAGUGCAAGAUACAAUUCCUGUCCAGUUGGUAGCUGUUACUGACAGUCAAGCAGACUUUUUUGAGAAUGAAGCUAUCAAGGAAUUAAUGACUGAAGGUGAACAUAUAGCAACUGAGAUCACUGCUAAAUUUACAGCCCUAUAUUCUUUAUCUCAGUAUCACCGUCAAACUGAGGUUUUUACAUUGUUCUUCAGUGAUGUUUUAGACAAGAAGAAUAUGAUUGAAAAUUCCUAUAUGUCUGAUAAUGCAAGAGAGGCAACACACACAAGUGAGGAUGUGUUCUUGCAUUCUCCCAGAGGGAGCUCUCUUGCUUACAAUUAUUAUCCAGAUUCAGAAGAUGAUACUGAGGCCCCACCUCCUUACAGCCCAAUUGGAGAUGAUGUACAGCUACUCCCAACACCUGAUCGCUCAAAAUACCGAUUAGAUUUGGAAGGUAAUGAAUAUCCUACUCAUAGUACACCUUUGAACUGUCAUGAUCAUGAACGCAACCAUAAAGUGCCUCCUCCCAUAAAACCGAAGCCAAUAGUGCCCAAGACAAAUGUGAAAAAACUAGAUCCAAACCUAGUAAAAACCAUUGAGGCAGGCAUUGGGAAAAACCCAAGGAAACAAUCUAGAAUGGCUUUGGCACCAACUGAUGAUCUUGAUCAGUCUGAUAAUUAUGCAGAACCAAUAGACACUGUUUUUAAGCACAGAGGUCUUACUGAUGAUAUCUACGUAAUUCCAGAUGAUAGUCAGAAUCGUGUGGUUAAGAUUCGAAAUUCAUUUAUUAUAAGUAAUGUCCCAGGAGAUGAAGAAAAUGGCUUUCCUGAUAGAAUUUCAAAGACCCAAGGUGAAAGAAGACCUUCAAAAUACAAAUACAGAUCUAAAACGCUGUUCAGUAAAGCCAAAUCGUAUUAUAGGAGAGCACAUUCAGAUGCAAGCGAUGAUGAAGCUUUUACUACAUCUAAAACAAAAAGGAAAGGAAGACAUCGUGGUAGUGAAGAAGAUCCUCUUCUGUCCCCUGCAGAAACAUGGAAAGCUGGCAUUGAUAAUCCUGCUAUUACAUCAGAUCAAGAAUUAGAUGAUAAAAAGACAAAGAAGAAGACCCAGAAGGUGAAAGAAGAUAAGAAACAAAAAAAGAAAACGAAGACAUUCAAUCCACCAACUCGUAGAAAUUGGGAUAGCAAUUACUUUGGGAUGCCCCUGCAGGAUUUGGUUACACCUGAAAAGCCUAUCCCAUUCUUUGUUGAGAAGUGUGUGGAAUUCAUUGAAGACACAGGUCUUUGUACUGAAGGUCUCUAUCGUGUAAGUGGGAAUAAAACAGAUCAGGACAACAUUCAAAAGCAGUUUGAUCAAGAUCAUAAUAUCAGUCUGGAAUCUAUGGAUGUCACUGUAAAUGCUGUGGCAGGAGCUCUGAAAGCUUUCUUUGCAGAUCUGCCAGAACCUUUAAUUCCUUAUUCCCUCCAUCCAGAACUAGUUGAAGCAUCAAAAAUUCUUGAUAAGACCGAGAGGCUGUACGAAUUAAAAGAAAUUGUGAAAAAAUUCCAUCCCGUGAACUAUGAAGUCUUCAGAUACAUCAUAACUCAUCUGAACAGGGUUAGUCAGCAAAGCAGAACCAAUUAUAUGACUGCAGACAACUUAUCUAUCUGUUUUUGGCCAACACUGAUGAGACCUGAUUUUGAAAACAGAGAGUUCUUAUCAACUACCAAGAUUCUUCAAUCCGUAAUAGAGACAUUCAUUCAACAGUGCCAGUUUUUCUUCUAUGGUGGAGAAAUUUUUGAACCCUUUGACAGUGUGGCACAUCAGCCUCCACCUCCCAACCCAGUUCAGAUGGUGGAUCAAAUUUUACCACUACAGUUACCCCCACCUCUACAACCUCAACUGAUACAACCACAAUUGCAAACAGAUCCUCUUGGCAUUAUUUAACUACAGCUUGAUAAUAAAGAGGAGGUUAUCGGCAGCUUGGCACUGGAUAGAAAAGAAAAACUACACAUGCAUGUUCCAAGAUACAAAGACAACUUUCAUAGUUAUGAAAGAAUUUGGAUCCAAACUCAGAUGUUUUUGUUGUAGUCAUACUUUACACCUUGUGCAUAAACACUGCAGUUCAACAUAGUGUGGUUAGCAUGACCGGAGAGGUUUAAUUUUUUAAAAACAGAAAUAACUGAAGUGCAAAGCUGCUGUUGCAUGAACAUUUAUUGCAGUCACUAUCAUUCCUCUGUGACAAGUUGUCACAAUUUAUUGUGAAUAAAACUUUUCUAUAGAAAUGUAAUGAUUAAAUAAAUCAUGUACGGAACAUUCAAAGCUUACAGCCUGCUUUAGGGCUGUUUUUGUUAUUUAAUGCUCUUUAUUUCCUGAUAGUUUCAUUCCCUUUGCUGAGAACAGCCAAAAUACAGCUGUAUCAUGUUUGUAAAUUCUGAAGCAGUUAUGCUACAUUACAGUAACUGCACUGUUAUAAAUACUACACUUUCCAUUUCUCCUAAAGAAACCUGUGGACAUUUUUGUUUAAGGGGCUGGUAAAAAUAUUUUUUCUUACAGCACAAUACCAAGGACAUGCUUAUUGUAAAAGUGAGUUUAAAAGUGUGCAGAAAUAUUACUAUUACCUAUUUCCCCCUUAUUUUGCAUUAAUAGAUGAAAUGUUUUGUAAUAUUGUUAAUUCUGUAAACAGUUGCAUGUUUGAAAGAUCAUUAAUGGUCUUAUAAACCCAAUCUAAUAUAUUUUAGAUAUUUUAAUUUUUCCCACUGGGGAAUUCAUCUUAGUAUAUAGAAAAAAGUUUGACAUUUUCAUAUAAGGGUAUAUAACUUUUCAUACAUAAAUGAGAACUUUGUUGUAGUGUAAACUUGCUAAACCAAACAAUCUAGGUCUUAAAAGUUAACAUAUACACUAUAUCUAUUUUUCUGUGGCCCCUUUAAAAGUAUAUAAAAAGCAUUGCUAAUAUAUAGCAAUAAAUACUUUGGGUACUGAAGCAUCAUGCUGUGUACAUAAAAUUACAUUUUUAUUCAUGUCGGUUCCCUGCCCUCAACAUACUCUGUUGUACUAAACAUUCAAAAUCUUUGUUUGCACCAUUUUUAAAACCUUGGUACAUGUUUUACUGUAAAAGAAUGCUGCUUUACGUUUUAAACAUUCUUGGUUAAUCUUAAUGAUUAGUAACUGUGAUAGCAAGCUAGCAAUGAUGUCAUGUUUUAGAAUGAACCUAAGAUAUUGGGAUUGUACUCGGACGUUGCCGUCUGUAACUGGAAGAGUUCCUUCUAUUCAUGGAAGGCUUUUGAUCCAACAGAGGGUCUCACUGUCUUAUUGAAGAAGGGAGAGGGAGAUACCUUUUCUCAAUUUUCCUCUGCAUGGCCAUCUGUUGUGAGUGCUUUGAAUGCGAUUUUCCUGCUUCUUGGCAGGGGGUUGGACUGGAUGACCCACGAGGUCUCUUCCAACUCUGAUUCUAUGAUUCCAUGUCCUCAGAGCCACCUCCACAAUCUGUAACAGAAGUUUAGAAGGACAGCAGGAAAAGACAUAAAUUGGCAAAAAUUGUCUCUCUCUUCCACCAGUGAAAAAGGUUUGGAUCUAAGCAUUUGUUUCCUUACUCCCCUUUUCCUUCAUAUUCAAAGUAUGUUUUUAAAGAACCUGAUUUAUUCAGAUGUUGGGAUUUCAUGAGUGAUGAAAAACUUUGGCACUGCAGUCUUUCAGUUUGCUAAAUAUCAUAGUUUGAAAUACUACAUUUUUUCUAAAAGUUUAACCUGCAAAGAUUUUUAAGAAUUAAGGUUCUUUAAAAGCUUUGCUCCAUUCCUCCAAAAUAAAAAUUGCCUUUUCAGUUGUUAUGUCCUAGGUAUUGUACUUCUACUUACGACCUGAACUAUCAUUCUAGUUAAAAUACCAUAACCCAAGCUGCUGUUGAAGUAUUUGUAUAUUAUAAAUUAUCUUGGUAUUUGUGUUAUAUUCUUGCAAGUAAUUAUCUUUUCUAAACAACUACAACAACAAAACCCCUCCAUUCUGAUUCAAAGCACACAGGAUAUAAAUACAAUAAUAAAAUAUUGUCCUGUAAAUGUAGUAGAAUUAACUUGUUUUACAUUACAUCUGUUGUCUAAAUAGCCUUUAUUUAUAAUCAUCAGUUUAACAUAGGCAUGCUAAAAGAAGAAUUAAACUUCACAAGUUUUAUAAACUGUUUCUAGGUUGCUAAAGAAUUUAUUUUUCUACUAUAGAUGGUAUAGACAAAAGCAUCAAACUGUACAGAAAAGGCUUAUUUCUAUUGCAAUUAGGCUUAACAUUUUCAGAGUUAUACAUAUGAAGAAUGUUGUCUAACAUAAUGCAAAUUGAGAUUUGUUUUUCUUUUAAAACCAUAUUUUCGUAUGCCAGUGUAAUUGAGUUAUUUGUCUUAAUACACUAUUUUGUUACCCGUAUGGACCAGUUUGCAGAAUGUGUUUCCAAAUCACUGAUUUGAAGCUUAUUCUGAAACUGCUUAUUCUGUCAUUUAUUUAAAUGCUUUUUAGUUGGCCUAGGACAUGAUCCAUCAUGGUCCUCUUGGGGACUUCGAUGGAGCAAUGCAUUAGUAUGUCUAUGUCGGCAUAUCCCAUUAUCAGACUACAACUUUAGCACCUCAUGCUGCUACAUAAAUCUGAAUCAUCUCCAUUGAUGACAAGCUACACUAAGAAAAUAUUUGCACAUGUCACCUACUUGUCAUUCCCUCUGUAAUUUUUACGUUAAAAUUAAAGUGCUAUGGAUGCUAUCUCUGAGCCUCUUAGCAGCAUAUAUUUUUGACUGUUGCUUUUUUUCAGUAUCUUAUACAUAUAUAUGUGUGUGUCAACACUCUCUACUUCUUUAUUUCCAAGUAGGAGGGGCUGGUAGGAGGGUAACUGGAUAAACUGUAGGCUGAAGGCAUUUCAUAAUCUCCAAGAGUCUUACACAUAUCAUAGCGUUAAAAAAGACCUACACUGAAUUGCUUCAUCUAGCCAUUUUUCUUGUUCAUUUUGUCUAAUGGAGUAUUCCCUUUUAGUAUGUUUUUUCCCCCUAGAAAACAUCAAGAGUUGAUAUUGUGAAUCCAAUCAGUUUUACAGUUAUGUGAACAGUGCUUAACAUUUGUCAUUUUGACUUUUGCAUCCCUCAUAUGACCUUCAUCAUAUUUUAUGUGGUCUAGAUAUGUACAGCUUUGGACUGUAGUCCUGGCACAGUUGUGCUUACAUAAAUCCCAUUGAAUUCAAUGAGAUAGAUUGUAGCCAUGAUCCUGAGCUCAGUUUCUGGGAAGUAUUUCUAAGCAACUGCUUAGUAACAAAUAACUGCUGUGUUUUCAAUCCAUGUUUGAACAUUUUAAGAGAUUAUAGUUUCAGACAUAACACAUUAAGUGACAUUUUAUAUGAAAUGAUGUUUUACAAAUUAUUUUUACAUUACAUUCAAACUUUAAGGGUUUUAACAUAGUGUAAAUAGGUAUACAACUUUAAUGAAGAACAAUUUUUCACAGUGUAUUUUUUCUGCAUUACUUGAAUACUGGUUCCUAGAAACUACCAUUGAUUUGUUUAUUUUUUGAGGUACUGGAGUUUAGUUUCUAAUCUCUAAAACUGUAAAGAAAAGAACUAAUUGGCAUUUUUAAAAAGCCUUAGCUUCCAUUGUGAUUUUGGUUUUUUUAAAUAGUAACUGUGAUACUAUAUCAGCUGAAUAUAUAUAUAAUUUUAAAGUUCUUUAUAAUUCAUGUAAUCUUGUCACCACCUACAGAAUGCUACAGUGAACUAAAUAUCAGUGAAGCUUAUCUGUAUGCAGAAUGCAAUGAAUAAAACAUUAAGAUGCUUA